CUGCUGCAUUUUCCGAGCCGGAUCGGCCCGUGAGGGCCUUGGGGCCCGAAACAUGGCCAAGUCGCUUGUCAUGAGCACGCUGCGACGCCAGAGUACGCCGAGCCUGGGCCCAGGACGGGCUUGGCCAGGAUCGCCAGGCGACUUCCCCGAGGAGAGGGCAUCGAGGGGAGCCUCGCGCGGCGCUUCCGGGACAUGUGCGCAAGCCUCGCGCCGCGGUGCGGCCCGCUGGGGGGGCAGCGCUGGCCAGCCUGGCUCUGCGAGGUGCGGCGGCCCCUCGGGCAGGGAGAGCUCUGCGCGGAGGCGGCGUCCGCGCCGACGCCCGAGGGCUCCGCGGCCGCCGUGGCGGCGGAGGGCUCCGCGGAGAGCCCCGUACCAGCGGACGGCCCCGUGAGCGAGGGCGCCGCGGGCGAGAGCGCCGCGGGCGAGAGCGCCGCGGGCGAGAGCGCCGUGGCGGGCGCGGCGGAGGACGCCGCGGCGGCCACGGCGGCCACGGCGGAGCGGUUGUCGCCGCCCGAGAAGAGGCGGCGUAUCAGCGGCAAGCGGCGGCUCCUGGCGUCGCGCGGCGCGGCCGCCGGCCGCCAGCCGCCGUGCUUCCUGGCCUCUGGCGUCAGGGUGAGCGCGGCGACGCGCAAGCUGCUCUGGCAGAGGCUCGGCGCGGGCUUCGCCGACGGGUGGUCCGUCGAGGUCACCCACCUGGUGUCGGACAGCUUCCGGAGAACCGCCAAGAUGAUGUGCGCCUUGUGCGCCGGAGUCCCGGUGGUGCGCUCCGGCUACCUGGACGCCUGCUUGAGAACGCCAGACGCGGGAACGCAGCCGGACGAGGAGGCCUUCGCGUUGCGCGACCGCGAUGGGGAGGAGGCGCUGGAGCGACGGCUGGGGCUCGACCCGGGGGCGCUGUCGCUGGAGCUGGCGCAGGAGCGCAGGAGACGGCAGGGCCCGCUGCUCGACGGCGUCCAGGUCUUCGCGUCGCCGCGCGCGGGCCUGCAGCCCGAGGACGUGGCCGCGCUGCGCGCCAUCGUCGAGGCGGCGGGGGGCAGCUGGCUGCGCCGGAAGCCGGCGGCGCGGGCCCUGCGGGAGGCCGCGAGCGAGGAGCCCCCGCGGCUGCUGUUGCUGGGGGAGACCUUCCGCCCCGAGCUCCUCUUCGAGGCCGCCUGCACGCAGAAGCCUGCGCCACGCUGCACAUCGGCUCCCCGCCGCCAGUCUCAUCGCGGCCGAGCGCGGGGGCUGCGCCGCCGUCCAGGGUGGCGCGGACGACGCCUCUGCCCGCGCCGCCGCGGACGGCGCCGCCGCUGAGCGGCGGCGCGACACGCCGCUGCGGUCCAGAGGUUCCAGCCGCGGCCGACAUGGUGGCAGGACUGGCGGGGUCGUAGUGGGGGACGCGAGCCCGCUUGGCGCCCCGUGUCGGCGCGCACCGGGGUGGAAGCGCAAGACUCGAGCCUGCCGAAACUCGAGCUUGCCGCCGCACUUUCUCGGUCCCGGCGUGAGCUCCGGCGGGCCAUUUUUUGUGAGACGUUUGCAGAGGGAGGUCGCUUGAAAUUUCAGUCGAUAGG